CAGAGAGAGAGAGAGAAGAAAUGGCAAGAGUCAUGACGGUGGCGCACGAUGGAAGUGGCGACUUUCGGACGGUGCAGGAAGCAAUAGACGCGGUGCCACUCUGCAACACUCACCGAACGGUGAUACGAGUGUCGCCGGGGAUAUACAAGCAACCCGUGUAUGUGCCCAAGACCAAGAACCUCAUAACCGUCGCCGGAUUGUGUCCGGAGAAUACCGUCCUCACCUGGAACAACACCGCCUCGAAAAUCGAUCACCACCAGGUGUCACGGGUUAUAGGUACUGGGACGUUUGGGUGUGGGAGUACCAUUGUGGAAGGAGAGGACUUCAUAGCCGAGAACAUCACUUUUGAGAACUCUGCACCUGAGGGUUCGGGCCAGGCUGUGGCGAUUAGAGUGACAGCAGAUCGUUGUGCAUUCUAUAAUUGCCGAUUUCUUGGGUGGCAGGAUACCUUGUAUCUCCAUUAUGGGAAACAGUAUUUAAAAGAUUGCUACAUUGAAGGAAGUGUGGAUUUCAUUUUUGGGAAUAGCACUGCUCUUUUAGAGCAUUGUCAUAUUCACUGCAAGUCAGCUGGAUUCAUAACUGCACAAAGUCGGAAAUCUUCUCAAGAGACGACUGGCUAUGUUUUCUUGAGAUGUGUGAUCACCGGCAAUGGAGGGACAUCAUACACAUAUCUUGGACGACCAUGGGGACCUUUUGGCAGGGUUGUUUUUGCGUACACAUGGAUGGAUGCAUGUAUCAAACAAGUUGGCUGGAAUAACUGGGGCAAAUCUGAAAAUGAGAGAAACGCUUGCUUUUAUGAGUACAGGUGUUUUGGGCCAGGUAGUUGCUCAUCAAAAAGGGUGACCUGGGCCAGAGAACUGAUAGAUGAAGAAGCACAACAAUUCCUCAUGCACAGUUUCAUUGACCCUAAUCCACAAAGGCCUUGGCUGGCACAGAGAAUGGCCCUGCGGAUACCCCAUUCUGCUUAGGAGCUAUCAAUGAAUCUUGAAGGCAGCAAUAUUUCUAGAAAUUAUCGAAGAGAUGAGGUUGAUGAAGUAACCGGCAGAUCCUAACUGUAUCUGUACACCUUAAGUUUUUACUAUACGGUUUCUGGUCACAUUUUAGUGCAUGAUUUGGUGUUGCAGAACGUCACUUUCCGCUAAUGUAUCGGAAGAAUUACGUUAGGUUUGGUUAUGCAUCGGUGAACAUAACUGAAAGGUAAAAUUAAUCCAAAC